AUGUGCGAGGCUGCCAAAGAUAGGCUGUCCAUAGAAAACAUUCGAUUUAUUGCUACAGUUCCCAAGAAAAACGGUGCAAAAGGUGUGUCUAUCUUACCUAUAUUGGUCCGUGAUCUCAAGGCCCUUGAGAAGGGUGUGCUUAUGUUCUGUGAAAAAGAUAAGCAGUGUGUCCUUGUAAUUGCCCCUGUUCUCUGGAUUGGAGCCGAUACACCCUGCCAUUCUGAAAUUUGUGGACUAUCUGGCCCAACGUCUUUGUAUCCUUGCAGAAAAUGUUAUGUAUGCAUACACAGACUAAAGGAUUCUCUUCCAGAUAAAGAAUACUGUACCGAUCCCCAUAAGAGAAGAACCCGGAAACAUUAUGUGCUUGCUAAUUCCAUGUCAGACAGAACAACCAUCAUACCCGAUGCCCCAACAGACGGAUGUAACUUGUCUGUCGAAGACUUAAGCUUCCAGGAUCGCUCGACUGGAUCUCUUUUGGAACUAGAUGCUUUUGACCCGUCAAGUGGUACGCCUGUAGAGGUUAUUCACACUAUUCUUCUUGGAAUUGGAAAGUAUAUGGUUAUCCACCUUAUGAACGGUAUUCUUAAAAGCAAAAAAGAUAUAAUUCAAAGACUUAAAACAUGUUUGGAUGGCUACAAAUGCUCAACUGGAUUAUCGCGCAAAUUCACAAGAAAUAUCAAUCACUCGGGAUCCUAUGUUGGUAGAGAUUUUAAGGUGCUCUUGCAAAUUCUCCCUGUCAUCCUCGUCACUGAUUUUUCGAAUGAGCCCAUACUAGACCGUAUCAAACCUUGCUUUGUUGAACUUGGCCGCCUAUGUUCCCUAGUAUUUGUUCGAGAGGUAACCUCAGGUUUUGAUGACUAUCUUGUUGAAGUGGACCUAUCUGUAAGACGUUUGCUUGGGCAAUUACACAACUAUGAUACUUUUAAGAGAGCCGAAGUCAAAGAAAAUAACAAAACCGCAAAAAUAAAGAAGAAGUACACUGCAUUCUGCACGAAGCGUAAAAUUCACAACUUGACCCACCUGAAAUAUGACAUUCGAAGAUUCGGUACUGCUCUUCAAUUUGAAACCGAAAAAGGUGAACAAUUUAAUAAGCAUAUUCGCGAACAUCUCUUUCACACAAACCAUAAGAAUACCUCGAGAGAUGUCUGUCUCAAAUUGGCAAAACAAGCAGCAUUACAGUAUGUUAUGGAUGGUGGCUCUUGGCUCAACGAAAAUGGACAACGUGAAAGACCAGGAUGUGGAAUCGCAGCCUUCCUUCAAGGAAAAAGUGAAAAAAAGUUCCGUUUUUCAUUCUUUGGCGGUUCAAGAGAUUUUACUAGCAACAAUGACACUGGUGAUAGAGAUGAAGAACGUAUCAAGAACAAUUCUUUUGGUGCUUUCAUUUUUUAUCAAUAA